AAAGCUUGCACGACCGUUGAAAACACGUCGCUCGCCCCCUUCAGAGCAAGCGACGCAUCAAAAUCGGCUCGACCCCCCCUCCCCACCUCCGCACCCCCCUACUAGUGCCCGACCGCGCACAGGCACACAUCCCAGUUCAUCCUGCGCGUCGGAGCUGAAACUUGCAACACGAUGGCCGACAACGACACUGCUGUUGAGAAGAAGCGCGGACGUCCGAAGAAGUCUGAUGCCGGCGAGAAGAGACCAAAAGAGGACGCGUCUGCCGAUGCGCCAAAGGCAAAGCGUGGCAGGGGCCGCCCUAAGGGUAGCAGCAAAAAGGGAAAGAAGGCUGCCACCAAGGCGGCCACUGGAGCCAAGAAGGGCACCGGACGCGGUCGGCCCCGGAAGGCGGCGGCAGCAGAGGCCGACAAGGACACUGGCAGCGAUGACGCUGGCGAGGGAUCCGACUGAGCGUGCUCGGCAUUCAUCCGUCAUGAUUUCGUAGGUCACUCAUUAAGGGCAGUGGGGUACUACGACACGCAAGUUGCAUCGUACGAAGACUCCAUCUCGCAUUUUUCAGGGUGUUCCCCCCGCCAUUUUUUUUUUAACUUGGUGUAGAUUUUUUUUAUCCCCGCCAUUUUGUGUAACCAGUGCUGCACUGAAACACGCUCGCCCAUUCAUACCCAAGAGAACCACGUGCCCCCCCCCCCCCCUCGUGUCAUGUUCCCAUCGUUUUUAUUUUCAUAAAUUUCAGUUGAAUAAAAGCACACGUCUUUUCAUGUA